AUGGCUCCGCGUCAAUGUCGUCACUACGCUGGCCGUAGCAGCGACUAUGACGAGACCGCCAGCAGCGUGUCUUUCCGCAUGGACUCAGAUGAUGAGGCCAGCGCGGAUUCGGAAACGGACGUCACGGACCCUGAUGUCCGUUCCUCCCCUCGCCGUAAAGGCAAGGGUAGACCUUGUCGUCGAAACACCUCCAAGCAGACGUCGCCGGGAAGGAAGCCCCGUGGGCUUCAAAGGCCACCUUCCCCAAGCUCCAUGGGUACGGAUUCAGACUCUAGCAGCGAUGACGCUGAUGAAGAAACCAGCCCUCCCCGACACCCUGGGCAACAGCGUUCCCAGAAGCAAUGCCGGAAAUCAACUGCCGUAUCAGGCAGUGAGAGGAGCCGGGAUGUUGAUUCGGGCACCAGCCCCAGUGAUGACGACUCCUGUGACGAUGACUCCUGUAACGACUCUGAUACGGACCCCGACGUCGAUUCGGACAAUGACACUUCGUCGGACAGUGAAGAUGAUUGUUACGCGGAUGGCACCAGAAAUAUGAUCAUGCGGAUGGAUGAUCGGUGGGAGCGAUACUGCCGCAAGAGAAAUAAGAAAUACCGGUCGUUGCCGGACUCGAAAUGGGCGGAUCCUGUUACGGCGCUUCGCGCUGCAGGGAAGCGAGAUUUGACCCUGUUCUUCCCUAACGAUCUUGGGAUCCGGCAGAGCAUUCGAAAUACCGUACGGCGGAAAGGCUUAGACACCGAGGAGAAUGACAAAACGCCGAUGUUUAUUGAAGAUGUGGUUCCGCUGCAGGAGACCACCCUCCGCACGACGGAGAAACGGUUCUACAUUGGCCUGCAACGCAUGCAGCAAUGUCUCUACCAUCUGAUGGCGUGUUUUACGGUCAACCGCAUCGAUGCCAUGCGAUUUGUCGGUGGAGGCUGA